AUGGCGCUAAUCUUCUUGAUUUUUGCCUUUUUUCCUUCAAUUUUUGGGCAAUCAAUUCGGUCUCCGUGCCCCGAAAUUUUCCAAUAUGGCAAAGAAUUCUCCAAAGAUGUUGGAUUAUUGGAUAUUGCCGUGCCCAAGAUCCAAAUUUACGAGUUCAAUGUCACUUUGGUGUUUUUUGUGCCGGAAAAUGUGAGUCUUAAGGAGGAUUCUGUCAAUAUUACGUUGAAGGGAAAUGCGAGUGAAAUUGUGAGAAAAGUACUUAAUGGAAGACGAGUUUCGUAUGUGGUUUAUUUCGAGGAUGAAGCGUUGCAGUUGAGCGAAAUUUAUUUUAGUAGGAAAAAAAUCUGUGAACUUGAUGAGGAUGAACAACCUUCAGGUCAAUACAAAAUCGUAACAGCAUUCAAAACAUUUAAAGCUGAAAUCGAUGUCGUCGCCGAAUACAACAGAAUUUUCAAUAUCGGCAUCAGCGAAGGAAAAUGCGGGCAUUUCGAGCAAAAUAUCGUCGAGUUCAGCAUCGGAGGCGAACGUGCAAUCAAACUAAAUUGGCCAUGGGUAGCUUCAAUGUACGUCAAAGGAGAUCAUGUUUGCAGCGCAACAUUAAUUGAUAAGUCAGUAGCUAUCACAGCAUCUCAUUGUUUAGAACCGAAUGGAUUUCCAGCUGCAAUUAAAGACAUCGAAUUAGUAAUUUUUAGCAAUGAAACUGUUAAAAUUUGGCUUUUUGUGAAACAUCCGUAUCAUCAAGGUCCCGGAAAGAACGACAUCGCGUUACUUUUUCUCGAACAUCCAAUCUCGAAUGCACUUUUUGUGCCGGUUUGCCUUUGGGAGUUUUACGAAGACAUCGAAAAUCGCCCUGGGACGAUAGUUGGAUUUGGCGAAACGGAAUUUACCGACUCGGGAGACAUCAAUAGUCUCAAAUUAAUGGCUGUCUCAUCAGAAACUUGCGCCAAAAGUCACGAAAAACUCGCUUCGUUGGUAAAUUCUCAGACAUUUUGUGCCGGCGGGCAAGAUGGAACAGGACCAUGUCGCGGAGACUCGGGCGGAGGAUUUAUGAUCAAAGAAGGAGCUCGAUGGUACCUUCGAGGCGUCGUCAGUGCAGGUCUCGAAAACGAAUAUCAUCAAUGCGAUACGGAGAAUUUUGUCGUUUUCAUGGAUGUCGUCAAAUAUUUGGAUUGGAUCACGAAUCGGAAGCACACGUUGAAGAAAAAACACGAACAACCCAAGACGAAACCGAAGCGAUUGCCGAUCGUCGAUAGCAAAUUGGAGAGAAAACAACAAGUUUUUUGCUACAUUGGCGAAUGGCAUUUGGAUAUAACGGAUAAAAUUAGGCCCGGGUUGUGUACAAUGAUUUACAUUUGGUUUGCGUCUGUGGAUGAAAAUGGAAUUAUUCAGGCGGAAAAUGUCAGGAGACUUUAUAAUUUUUUGGAUUUGAAGCCGAGAUAUGCGUCGAAAAUUAUUUUGUCGCUUGGCGGUUAUGCGGAUUACACGACGAAGGAAAAUAUGCGAUUGAUCGCUGCAAACUCAACUUUACAAAAAGCCUUCGCCAAAAGCUGCUUAGAUGUUUGUGAUCAAUACGAAUUAGAUGGCAUCGACAUUCAUUGGGAGUAUCCAAAUCCUCAAGAUCAAGCAGGAUAUGUCGAAAUGGCACGUGAAGCUAUAAAAUUACUCAAUCCAGCGGGAUAUUUAUUGACAAUUGGAGGCCCAGCUGAUAUAAAUCGUUCAGGACCAAGCAGCGGAUUGCGAAUAAAAGAACUUUCAGAAGUAACAAACUUCAUGAAUCUCAUAACGCAUGACUAUCAUGGCGACAGUAGCGAACCAUGGAGCGGCGGAGGAUUAAAUAUUAAUGCACCGAUAAAUGCCCGAGACAAUGACAGCGUUGUUGAUACCUUAAAAAGGUACUUUGAUGCAGGAGUUGCUCCUGAAAAACUAACUUUGGGCAUUCCAAUGUACGGUAGAUGGUGGCGUAUGAAAGAUAAGUCAAAAAAUACGAUUGGAUCUCCGUUUAUUAUUGGGAAACAGAACGAUUAUGCGUUUUCUCCUCCGUUUCAUGACUAUUGUAAAAAUUUAAACGAUUCUUCAUGGACUGUCGUUCGACCUGAACUCGAAAUCGCUCCUUACAUGUAUCGCGAUCACGAUUGGAUCUCAUUUGAGGACUUUGAAUCCAUCGGAAAACGUGUAGAUAUUGCAACGAAGUACGGAUUAGCAGGCGUCAAAAUUUGGUCUUUUGAGCAAGAUGACUAUGAUAAUGUUUGCGAGUACGAAUGUUCGUUCCCGUUGAUGCGACUCAUCAAUAAUCGACUUGGAAGGCGGAUUGAUUGUGAUUUUAUUGAUCCAAAUGCUGUGUCGGUAGAUGGCGCUGAGGAAAAUCAUCGAACGCCGAUAAGAGAUCACGAAUUAGAUCGAAUUGGGCAGACUUUUUGUUAUGUUUCGAUGGAUAAUGAGGAUUUUAUGAGCAAUGUCAAGCCGAAUUUGUGUGAUUUUAUGGUUAUGAUGUUCGCUUCGGUGAAUCAAAAAGGAGAUAUUUUUAUGAAAAAUGAGACAAUGUUGAUGGAAUUGCUGAAAUAUCGACCGAAAUUCACGUCGAAGGUUUUGGUUUCUAUUGGAGGACCUUCAGAUUUGACUUCAAAGUCGAAUUUUCAACGUAUCGCCGCAAGUCGAGAACUGCGAAAAGCUUUUUCCGAAAAUUGCUUGGAAACGUGUCGCAAAUUCGAUUUAGACGGCAUCGACAUCCAUUGGGAGUAUCCGGAUCAACGUUUUCGUGAACAUUUUGUCAGUAUGAUACGAGAAAUUCAUAAAUUAUUGAUCCCAGCGGGUUACUUGUUGACUGUAGCUGCUCCUGCAUCAAAUUAUUGGUCAAGCCCAAGCAACGGAUUCGAUAUCAAAAGCAUCUCAGCGAUUUCGAACUUCAUUCAUGUCUUGGCUCACGAUUUUCAUUUGGAUGGCAACACAGAAUCGAGUGGCACGGGAACAGAUAUUAACGCGCCAAUAAAUUCACCCGACGAAGAUGCCGUUGAAGACGCAAUAAAACGAUAUACGAAGCUAAUUCCGGCGAAUAAAAUUAUUUUGAGUGUUCCAUUUUAUGGAAGAGUUUGGAAAUUGCGAGAUUUGAACAAAACUGAUAUUGGAGCGCCAUACGUUGCAGGAUUUCAAGCCACAAAAGAGGGACUUCCUGCUUAUUUUGAAUACUGCAAAUUUUUAUCGAAAAAUUCAUCUUGGAAAAUUGUUCGCCCAACACUUGAAAAAGCUCCUUACAUGUACAAAGACGACAAUUGGAUCUCGUUUGAGGAUGUUGAGUCAAUUAAAGUUCGUGCUAAUUUGAUACAACAGUAUGGGCUUGCAGGCGCUCGUUUAUAUGGCUUCGAUCAAGAUGAUUUUGACAAUCGAUGUGAAAGUGAAUGCGCCUUUCCAUUAACAAGAACCAUUAAAAAAGGACUUGGAAAGGAAGUUAAUUGCAAUUUUGAGUUAGAAAAGGAGAAAAAAGUCAUAAAUUUAGAGAAUUUGAAUGAAAAUGUCAAAAAAGAAGAAGAAAUUUUAACUUCUGCGAGUGAAGAGAAAUUUAAAAUUACGUCAAGUGCCAUGAAAAUUAUAGAUUUAACUUAA